GGCUCGAUUAAUGGAAAACGGAAACUCGAUUCCGUCGUUGCUUUACAGCAAAUCUCCCCGAGGUGCCCAGGGACGCAACUGCUAUGGUUUGUUUCUGUCGGUAAACGUUUAAUCGCUUUAGGUCUUUUCCUUUUUUACUGUAAAAUUGUAUUGUUACUCGGCCAUGACCGUGGAGCAGAAUGUCCUCCAGCAACAUUCACAGAAGCACCAGCAGUCACUGCUUAACCAGCUGAAGGAGGUCACCGGUACCACAGACGUCCGUCUCCUGCAGCAGGCACUACAGUUCUGCAACGGAGACUUAGCUGGAGCGGUUGCGUUUCUCACGGAGCGGAGUGCCAAGGUCCCGGAGCACGAUGAGGACGCUUCCUACCAGCCGGCGCAGAUCGGAAAUGACGGACACAUCAAUGUGGGCAGCCAGGCGGACACGAAUGUUAUUGAUCUGACGGGAGAUGACAAAGACGACCUCCAGAAAGCCAUUGCUCUCAGCCUGGAGGAGUCCAGCAGGACCCUCAGGGAGACGGGAAUCACAGACGAGGAGCAGGCCAUCAGCAGAGUCCUGGAAGCCAGCAUCGCGGAGAACAAGGCCAGCUUGCAGCAGACCGGUGAACAGGUGUGGAGCGACUCGCCCAACCCCUAUGAGAGGAAGAGGUGCGAGAACUGCCCAGUGGGGCUGAAGAACGUGGGCAACACCUGUUGGUUCAGUGCUGUCAUCCAGUCCCUCUUUCACCUACUGGAGUUCCAGAAGCUGGUGUUGCAGUAUACCCCCCCGGCAUGUGCCCACGAUCUGCCCCGAAACCAGAAGGAGCACCGGAAUCUACCCUUCAUGCAGGAGUUGAGAAAGCUCUUCUCCCUGAUGAUUGGCUCAGAAAGGAAGUAUGUAGACCCCUCCCAUGCUGUGGAGAUCCUGAAAGAGGCCUUCAAAUCCAGCGACUCGCAGCAGCAAGACGUGAGUGAGUUCACUCACAAAUUGCUGGACUGGUUGGAAGAUGCCUUCCAGAUGAAAGCAGAGGAGGAUAGGGAAGGAGAGCAGCCUAAGAAUCCGAUGGUGGAGCUCUUCUAUGGACGCUUUUUAGCUGUGGGUGUUCAUGAAGGUAAAAAGUUUGAGAACGCUGAGAUGUUUGGGCAGUACCCGCUCCAGGUUAACGGCUUCAACAAUCUGCAUGAGUGCUUGGAGGCAGCCAUGAUCGAAGGCGAGAUCGAGUCCUUACACUCGGAAAACUCUGCCAAGUCUGGACAGGAGCACUGGUUCACCGAACUCCCACCGGUCCUGACUCUGGAGCUCUCCAGGUUUGAGUUCAACCAGGCCCUGGGAAGGCCAGAGAAGAUCCACAACAAACUAGAGUUCCCCCCCUUGCUCUAUGUGGACAGGUAUAUGGACAAGAACAAAGAAGUUACAAGAAUGAAGCGUGAGGAGAUCCGGAGGCUCAAAGAGCACCUAACCCUGCUCCAGCAGCGCCUGGAGAGAUAUCUUAGUUACGGUUCGGGCCCCAAGAGGUGCCCUCUGGCGGACGUCUUGGAGUACACCAUGGAGUUUGCCUCCAGCAAACCCGCGUGCAGUUUACUCCUGGAAAACACAGAUGCCAGCGGUGCCCCACCUGGUGGGGCAGCCGCGCCAUUGCAGCCAACUCCAAGUGUGACAGAGCUGGAUCCUGCCGUGGGCUGCCAGGCCCCGGUCAAUGCCCUCCCUUCCCAGCAGAGGGCACCGGUGCACAAGCCCUUCACUCAGUCGCGUCUCCCUCCGGAUGAGCCUGCGCACCCCGCACCCCGUCAUAUAUCAGAGGAGGAGCUGAGUGUGUUGGAGAGCUGCCUGCAACGCUGGCGGAACGAGGUGGAGGGCGACAUUCAUGACUUGCAGAGGAGCAUCGCAAAGAUACAGAGAACCACAGAGCUCAUGUACUCCGAAAAAACCAUGACGCAAGUUCCAUACCGGCUGCAUGCGGUGCUGGUCCAUGAGGGCCAGGCCAAUGCCGGCCACUAUUGGGCAUACAUCUAUAGCUCUCGACACCGGUGCUGGAUGAAAUACAAUGACAUCUCGGUCACUGAAUCCUCCUGGGAGGAGUUGAUGCGGGAUUCUUUCGGAGGCUACCGCAACACCAGUGCCUACUGCCUGAUGUACAUCAACGACAAGAAGCCGUUUCUAAUAGAAGAGGACUCUGAUGAGGUGAUGGAUCAGCCGCUGACUGGACUGGACAAGCUGCCGGCGGACUUGAGGGCUUAUGUAAAAGAGGACAACCAGCUGUUUGAGAAGGAGCUGCGGCAGUGGGACACGCUGCAGGAGAAGCGGAAGGCCAGAGCAGUAGUUCCAGCCUCGAUGAUGGGCCCCUCCUGGCCCAGGAACCUGGAAUCCAGCCCUUCUGCAGCCCCUCAGCAGUACAUGGAACAGCCAUCUUCUCUGUACACCUGCGAGCACCUGAAGGCAGACACAGAGAGGGCCAUCUCCCAGGCCGCAGCCGAGCAGCACGACAGCGGCCCGGAGGCCGUGCUGAAUGCACUUACUGGUGAACGCGUGCCCUCAUACCCUCAGCCAGAAGCACUGGCAGUGUUGGCUCUAAAGAUGGCCGCCUCGCUGACCUUUGCUCCUCAGCCUUUGGUCGAGGACCCCACCCCCCGACUUGUGGUUGAGUUACCUAAAGUCCCAGUGUCCAGUGAUCAAUUUCAGGUCAAAAGGCAGUGCGGUGCAUUAAUUCCUAUUCCGGAUGUGCUCAGCAAACAAGGAGCCGUCGACCGUCCUAUUCAGGAAGUGGUCAUCAGGUCCUUACCUGUUGCCAAGGGGUACACCCCUGCACCCUUUACUACCCAACCUGUGAUAGACAGGCCUGUAAGCCAGUCCUCUACUGAUGAGCUUAUUGCUGUUGGAUCAACUGGCCCACCCUCUGGAGUUCAGCUUGUGGUAGAGAUGCCUGCUGUUCUGCCCCCUGAUUCUCAGCCAACUAUAGAGGUUUCUGCUGCCCCUUCCUCUGAUUUUCAACCUACAGUAGAGUUGUCCACUCCCUCGCCCUUUCAAUCUCAACCAAUGAUACCAGUGUCCACUGCCUUGUCCCCUAAUGCUCAACCAGCAGUAGAGAUGUCUGCUGUCCCACCCACCAAUGCUCAGCCUGUACCAGAGGUAUCUACUUCCCCACCUCCUGAUACACAACCUGUAGUAGAGGUGUCCUCUGUUCUGCCCCCUGAUUCUCAACCAAUGGUAGAGGUGCCCACUGUCCCGCCCCCUGAUUCUCAACCAAUGGUGGAGGUGCAAGCUACUCCGCCCAUUGAGGCUCAGCUUACAGUAGAGAUUUCUGCUGCUCUGCCCCUUAAUGCUCAACCUACAGUAGCGGUAUCAACCCUGCCUCCUACUUUGGUGGAUGGAUCCAUUAUCCCGCCCCCUACAAAGGUGAUUGGAUCCCGUCACCUACUCCCUGAUUCUGACCCAGUAGUGGAAGGAACCACAGGCCUUCCUGAGCAACGUUGGGUCAAGGUGGCCACCCACCACAAGGGGGCGUGUGUCUCACGAUUGCCAGCGGGCGGGUAUGAUGACGAGGACAUUCUGACCCCGAGCAUGCAGGGAAUAAUCCUGGCCGUUGGCAGGGCCCGGAGCGUGUACGAGAAAUACGGCCCCGAGGCAGCCUUCUUCAAGGCCAUCAAAGCGGAGUAUGCCCGUCUGCUCCAUCUGGCCUGGGAGGGCACCCAACCCGAAAUUGACCUUCGGAUACAGUACGUCAUGGUCUACCUCAUCCAGAACCAGGCGCCCAAGAAGAUCCUGGAGAGGACUCUACUCACGCAGUUUACUGACCCCAGCUUGGGCUACGACGAGCGAUGUAAGAACAUAAUGAAAGUUGCACGUGCAAAGCUGGAUCUUAUAAGGCCGGAUGAAGUAAAUAUGGAACAAUACGAGAUUUGGCAUCAGGAGUAUAGGAACUUUAGGGAGACCACAAUCUUCCUGAUGAUUGGUCUGGAACUGGUCCAGAAGAGAAGCUAUGUUGAGGCGCUACCGUACCUGAUCUACUCUUAUCAGUGCAACAAAGCGUUGCUCUCCAAGGGCCCUUACCGAGGGCAUGACGCGGAGCUGAUCGCCCAUCACAGGAGAGCGUGUCUGCUCAAGCUGAACGAGCAGGCGGCAGCCCUUUUCGAGUACGGAGAGGAGCCGGAGGUGAGCGACGGCCUGAACGUCAUGAAGCAGCUGGUGGUGCCAUGCCUGCCCCUGCUGCUGACCGACGAGGGCAAGGAGAAGGAUGUGGCCGCCGUGGAGGACAUCAGGAACCGCUGGUGUUCCUACCUGGGCCGGGAGAUGGACCCCAAACUUCAGGAGACCUUGACAGAUUUCCUCCCCAAGCUGCUGGACUGCUCGACAGAGAUGAAAAGCUUUAGCGAGCCGCCGCGGCUGCCCUCCUGGUCCACCCCGGAGCUGUGUGCCCGCUUCAGCCACGUCAUGACCUCGCUGAGGCGGACGCCUGCCGACGGGAGAUGAGCUCUGCGACCCGUCGGGGUUGCCCGUCCGCGCCUGUCUGCAGAAUUCUAUUUUUAAACCCGCACUUUUCUUCAACCAGGUCACACUGUCCUGCCCAUUUUUUGUUUGUUUUUUUUGUAUUUUACUUUUGUUGCGACAGGCUUUAUUAUUGUUAGCAUCAUGCUACUAAGUGCUACGUGAGAGAUGGACAUGGACUGUGAUAUAUAUAUAUAUAUAUAUAUAUAUAUAUAUAUAUAUAUAUAUAUAUAUAUAUGAAAUUAGAAGGAGACAACACUGCAUCCAGCCGCGAAAACACUGCUGACGCUGUCCGUCGGGACAACCUCCCCUCCAACUUGCUCCUAAAUUCUCAAUGAACGAAAGAGAAAAGACUGCAGCCCUGACCCCAUCAGUGUUAAUGUUCUCUUUUCUUCCGUUGUAGAUUGGAGUGGGGUUUGAAUAUUUAUCACCAGGUUUUAUAUCUACUGUGCAACUCUUCAGUCCUGAGGACCACAAUCAAUGAAUUUUAAGCACAGUAUUACUUGCCGAUGACACUCAACAACCAAAAUAAAUACAUUUCUAUUGAUGGCCCUUUUUCAGGCCUAAUAAUUCUGCUGUACUCUUUCAUCUUAAUCCUUAUCACUACCCCCCCCCCCCCCCAAAGGGUUUGCCUAAUUUCUGUGGUUGUAACGAUUACAGGGUGAUGGCAAGCGUCAGGAAAUAAGGUGGAAAAUUCGCGCAGCAAAGACACAAUGAUCUUAAUUUCUUAAAUUGUCUACAAAAUGUUUGCUCUUCUCCUUUACCUUAAUAAAGGCUGUGGCCAUUGACUGAAAGUACGCCACAUUAAA